AAGUCUGGGCUGGGCUGAACAACACCAUCAAGACUAGAACAAGCGUCAGCGGAAAUUAGAGUUCGAUUUGUUGGUUGCUGUGGGCUUUGCGGAAGUCGUCUUCGUGAUCGCCCGGCUGCUACGAUUGUUCUCUGUCGCUAAUCUUCCCAAUUUCAAGUAGACUGUGCAGAAAGAGAUGGAGGCCGGGGAUACAAGAACGUGCGAAAUGUCGGUGCAAGAGGCCCGAAAGUGCGGCAGUCGAGCUCAACACCAGACUGAAGGUAGGCUGCGGUGACGCUCUUGCGGAGCAGAGAACGAGCGCACGCCUUCCGUCCGCUUGGACACCUCAUGCAGAUGCCGUCGCGGUGAUUUCGGACGAGUAUGGGCCGGAGGGUGGGAAGUCUGGACGUAGCCUGAUGAUGAUGAUCGACAGCCUAUGUCAGGAUGGAUGUGGACCGGACCGCGGGUACAGUAACCUGCGGUGUGCGGCCGGGAGUGACGUCGAACCGCGGUUAAGUUCGCGAGGGAGGGAAAGGAAAAUUGAAUGCGGUUGCUUGUCAUGAUUAGAGGGUGUCAGUCUGUGGGCAUUCCGCGCUUUGUUCUCAAACUCGCCCGGUGCUGGCAGGGGAGAGCAGGGUAUUGGACGCUAUGGUAUGGUCGUAGACUUUGAAUGGACCGGGACGGGAUCGGCACCGGAACGGCAGCGAUUGUCGGCACAGGGCCUUGGGGAUGGCGUCUGAGCUUUCUCUCGCUCGCUCGCUUUGCCGCAGUCUUCUUUUCGUCUGUCUUUCACCCGCUCUGCUUUGACCCGUCCACCCCCGAUCCCACUCGCUCGCUCGCUCGCUACUGUAGCUAGCUACCUCUCGUGGGGUUGUGCCGGAACUUGGAGGGAAGCAGGGCGUUCGAUUUGAUUUCGUCGAGAUAUCUGGAGAUUCGAAGCCUUUGCAGGCUGAACAGAGGAGGUCCUGGAGAAAACAGAACUGUGGACGAGGUCGAGUAAAUUGGGUUCGUGACAGGGCUCUCCGUGCCGACAUUUGAAUAGAGAAACCGGAGGCUCGAGUGUCAGAAGGCUUCUUUGGGCUUAGGAAAUUUGUUUUAUUCGGAGAGGAACGUCGUCAAGCCAAGAAACUGGCGACUGCUUCUGGGUUUCGGUGCCAGUUCGGUUUGGUCGAGCAGGAGCUGAGUUAAAAAAGCCUAGGUGGUUGUGGAAAAGGGCUUCAGUUACACUCAAGGAGACCGGGCAGAUGGAGGAAAUGAACUCUAAUUUGAAGAUUUUGGGGCUGAGAGCGAGCAUUUAGGACGGAUUAUGGUUUGAAGUAGGUAAGGUCUUGUGAAUAAGCAGUCGUGCGCCAUUUUCGCCUUGAGGAGGCCGAGCUUCCCUCUCAGCUUCCUUCUCGUUCUUGAUGACAGCUUUUUUUGGAUCUCCUCAGUGCUUCCAACUGUCGAGCAAUUGCCGCAAGUUGACCAAUAUUUUUCAGGAGCCUUAGUGCCCAUCAAGAAGAUAUUAGCAAGCUAUAAACUGAACCCGAAGCCUUGAUGGUAAGUGCUCUCUGUGUAUCGCUCCGUUGACCACCGUCCAGACAGAAAAUGUGUCCCCUUCUGAUGGAACUCCCGGUUCAUUCUGCGCUUAUACCCAAGGCAUUUUACUCAGUGAAGAAGCCGCAUUCGUUACCCCAAAUUGCCCUCUUCCGAGUUUUGUAGUCUGGUCUUACUGGAGCUGUUCACAACCGCGACCAUUAUGAUACUGAAGCAGCUGGCGAAGAGCGGGGAAGUAAGGAAAGAAUCAAGGUCUUCCAGCCGGUAGACGAAGAAGGCCGAUAAUCAGAAUGCCAGGGUUGGCAUCUGCCGACUCUUACAGUGGUUCCAAUCUGAGAGUAGCACUGAUGAAUGGUGGACUCCGUGGAACCAGGACCAGCGGUCCUCUGAAAAAUGUUGAUUCAAUGGAUCUUAGAAGGGAUAUUGUUAUUCCUAGAGACCUGUCUAGCAGAAGCAGGGACCAUAUUUCAACUGCGGACGAUGAAGACAUUGCUGCUGAAGAAUCUCUGUCCCAUUAUUGCAAACCUGUAGAACUCUACAACAUCAUUCAGAAGCGUUUAGCUCGUCAGCCUCUCUUUCUUCAACGAUGUCUAUCUUACAAGAUUUCGGCAGCUCACCAACGAAGCAUGAAAAUGACCGUGGCUGCUACUGGAUUUUCCAAUUCCCGUGGUUCAGCUUGGGGUACUUUGGCCAAAGUUUCAGGGAAGGAAUUGGGAUCAAAUGACUUAGUCUUCGGACGGCAGUCGUAUUCUGUGCUAGUGAUGGUCACCAGUCCGGUGAAGGAUCUCACAAAAGAGGGACAAUUUGCUUAUCGGUUAAGAAAGCCGAAGGUUUUGGUGGUAGGGCAGUGUUCCGAUACAGACGUUGAGAGUUCUCAAUCAUCUGUCACAUUUAUCCUGCCUGAAACUCGGAAGUUGCUGCUAAAUGCUAAACGAGGGGACGUUGUCCUUUUCAUCGUGAUGGCCCAAGAAGGCCGACAUAUUGAAGCAAGUGAAGCGUAUCUGGCUCUGGCAAAUUGCAGUGGACGCAUCACGUGGGGAAAAGUUGCAUUCACAUCCAUAUGUCAGAUGUGGUUGAAGAGUACGAGAGAAUAUUCCAGAAUGAGUAUAGAGACCCGGGAUCCACGUGAUCCACGCGAACACAGUCAUGUCACAACUACUAAUGUGGAUUUAAAACCUGGAAAGUUACAGCACGACAACUCAGAGAUUGAGCCCAGCAUCCUGCUUUCGUCUUCAACCAAAGUGACCAACGACAGGAGUCUGGUACGCUUGCAAAUUCGUUUCAUAGGGGAGGAAGCUGGACAUAGUAACCUUGUGAGCAGAAAUACGAACGGGACGCUUCCAAGUAAGACUCGUGCUGGAAGGAUUGUAUUUCAUUAUCUUUACGAUCACGGAACACGCCGUAAAACUGAAGUCACGGAGGAAUUCUCGUGUCCUUUCUGCCUUUCCCAUUGUGCUAGUUUCAAGGGUCUGGAGUUUCAUUUGAACGCAACACAUGAUCUUUUCAAUUUUGAAUACCUGGUUUCUGGGGACCUACAAAUAGUUAUUGUUAGUAUCAGGAGUGAUGUACCUUUGGGUCCUUCGGGAGUUCUUCGCAGUUUGGAUUUAGAUGGACCGCGAUCAAAGGAGUUUAUAUACUGGUGGCCCCGAAGCCGAUCUCGGAGAAGGAAGGUACCAAUUAAGGCAAAUGUCGAGACUAUGGAAAAAAUUGGAGUACCAGCCCAAUCAUUAGAUCUGGAGAAAGUCACUGAUGCAAACAGUGUACAAGAUGGAGUGAACGUAGAAGAACCACACUCAACAGAUGAAGUGGUCUCGAAGGAGAUCGACACACCGCCAGAAAUCAUGGAAGGUCCUGGAAAUCUAGAACAGCAGCUGCAAGUGGGAGUUAAUUUAGAUGUGGGAGAAGACGAUUCCCUUUCCAACGGGUCUAACGGCUUGAUGUCUACCGGAUCUGAUGCAACUGCCGAUAUGCAUCAAAGAAAAGAAAUAGGGUAUAAAGCCCAGUUUCAACAAAAUGAAACACGAGCCGGCAAAGUCCCGGAUGGUGAGAAUCUUGGACACAUAGUGAAACAAAGGAGCGUUUCUGCCCAAAAAAGGCAGCGAAUGAAAGGCGUUUUAGGUGAGCGGGCUCAAGCACGAGCCCGUCCGAACUCAACUCAAGGUGGAGCAUGUGCUGCAGCUGCUGGUGCUCCCAUUGAAGACUGUGCACUGCAACCGAGCGCACUUGUUCCGAACCGGGCACUACCUGACCGGCCAGACCUUUCGAAAAGCCACGCAUCGUUGCAGAAACGACAAUAUUUUCACUCACAUACAGCUCAGCCCAUGGAUGCUGAGCAAUUAUUUGGAGAUAGAGACAGCGAAGAUGAGGUUGACGCCGCGAUCGCAGAUUUAGAAGAUCGCAGGAUGUUGGAUGAUUUUGUAGAUGUCACGGGAGAAGAGAAAGAGGUUAUGCAUCUGUGGAAUUCCUUUGUACGCCGAAACAGGGUCCUAGCGGAUGGUCAUUGUCCUUGGGCAUGCAAGGAGUUCACGAGAGAAAAUGCCCAGCGCUUUGGGACCAAUCCGGCACUUCGGAGGUGUCUCAUGUUGUUUCUUGUGAAGUUAUGGAAUCAUCAUCUGGUAGAUGGUCCCACUAUCACCUCUUGCCUCUCUAUAGCGGAUGCUUUCGAUACGCAAGAGCCUGUAUCACCAAAGCAAUGAGAGAAUUUGUUCAUACUUAUCAACCCACGUCUUCUUGUAACGAUGGAGUACGUCUGUCGUCAGUAGUUCUGUCAUUAGUGGCCUAGAGCUGUUACAUAUACUCGAGGUUUAACAACACCGAGAUAUCACAAUUUUUCCCCCUAAGUGGGGAGGCAAGUGGCCAUGGGGCUUGUAAUUUAAAAUGUGCCUGUUCCCCAGUGCCCAUGGGGCAAUUGAAGAGCUAGAUAAUUAGUCAGCACUGCCACUCAUGUAGGUUGCAAUCCGAUGCCGUCUUUCUAAUGCGAUCGAGUAGCACAAAGAUUCCUCUUUUAGUAUGGUGUCUUGAGGGCAGUGCACCAACCAUUGAAAGAUUAGGAGGUCGUUCAGCGUCAUUUCUAGCAUGAGACUGUAAAUUGGCAUUCAUAUGUGCCAUUGCAUCUUCAAAGUUGAUGUCAUUUUUCUCGGAUGGCCAAUAUAGAGGAAAUUGUAUUUAUUGAG